GAAGACGCAGCCCUCGCCAGGGUCCGUAGAUGUCUGCUCAGCUAAAUCCGGCGAGUCGCCUCCUGCGGUGUCGCCGCGUUAUCUCGCCUCAGGGAACGCCCAGUCCCCAAACCAGCCCUUACUAUGGAAGCCGACUUUUUUUUACAGACCGUGCUGAGCGCCCACGGCUAAAGAAGAAGAAGAAGACGGUGAUGCUGACAGCGACGGCGUGAGAGCGGAAGUCUGCGGAGAAAAACUUGUCGCGCACCGUGUGUUGGCGAGGCUUGGGCUCAUCUUGUGCAGCUUGGAUUGAGGAGCCCCGAGGAGUGUGUGUGUGCGUGUGUGAGUGUGUGUGUGCGCCAACUCGCAAGGUGCUUCGGCAGGCAGGCAGCCUCCAGGUGCCAUGAGCAGUGAGCUGAAUGUGCCCAUGGGCUCCCCGACCCCGGGCGGGGCGGAUCGUGUCCCUGAUGGCGGGGGGAUGGACUACAGGGACUGGGUACGCCGCAGUUACCUGGAGCUGGUGAGCUCCAACCACCACUCGGUGCAGGCCUUGUCCUGGAGGAAGCUGUACCUGAGCCGGGCCAAGCUGAAGGCGUCCAGCAGGACGUCGGCGCUCCUCUCCGGCUUCGCCAUGGUGGCUAUGGUGGAGGUGCAGCUGGAGAUGCAGUAUAACUACCCCCGCGUGCUGCUCAUAGCCUUCAGCGUUUGCACCACGGUGCUGGUGGCCGUGCACCUGUUCGCCCUGCUGAUCAGCACCUGCAUCCUGCCCAACGUGGAGGCCGUCAGCAACAUCCACAACCUCAACUCUGUCAGCGAGUCGCCGCACGAGAGAAUGCACCACUACAUCGAGCUGGCCUGGGGCUUCUCCACGGCCCUGGGCAUCCUGCUGUUCCUGGCCGAGGUGGUGCUCCUGUGCUGGAUCAAGUUCCUGCCCGUGGACUCCGGAGGGGCCAACCAGGUGGCCCUGGCGGCCGCCGAGCUGGCCUUGGCCUCCAUGAACUGCAGCUCCACCUCGUCGAGCGGCUCGGCGAAGCCUCCGAGGCCGUCGCCGGUGCCGCAGCACAGCGGCUGGCAGGCGGCGCUGGCCUCCACCAUCAUCAUGGUGCCGGUGGGCGUGAUCUUCGUGGUGUUCACCAUCCACUUCUAUCGCUCUCUGGUGCGCCACAAGACGGAGAGGCACCACCAGGAGAUCGAGGAACUGCACAAGAUCAAGGUGCAGCUGGACGGCCAUGAAAGAGGCCUGCAGGCUGUGUGAUGUCUGUGUGACAUGACCGGCCCACCGGGAGCUUUAAGAACUUGCCUUUGUAUCCUCUAUUUAUCAAGCUCUCUUUCUGCUGGGACGUUUGUUCUGGUUAUCAUCAAAGCCUUGCUCAGACUCUGAGGCAGCGAGCCUCCAAACUCCUCUCUCGACAGGAAACAAGGUCAACAAGUGUCAGACUUCUUAUUUAUUGUUACAGUACGGAUGCUUUACAGGAUUUAUGUACCGGACGUUCUUGCCUGGGACUUAGAUCUAGGAUUUCUGUGGGUUGCUUGAUCUAAAGGAGGUGGCUAAUGUAAAAGAGUUUACAGAUUUAAGGGCUAUUCUGUUUUGUUUCUGCCAUUUUUUUUUUGCCAUCUCUGUAUUAUCAUGGAGGAUGUGGUGAAACCCAGACAGAGAAUGUCAAACCUCACCUUUCCUGCUUCACAAUCACAUCAGGGUUCUACUUCUCAGCAAACGGAGCUCGUCGUAAGCUCGCCUGACGCGUUUUCAGUGGCUGCCAUCCACAUCGUGUCAGUCACAAAGUGAAAUCUCGUCUGUUGGGCCAAAAGGAAACCCAGACGUGUGAGUGGCUGUCGACGGCUGAUGAGUUCAGCCACCGGCAGACAAACGUGGCCCUGCACACAUCAGACCAGUUUCUCUGGUUGCUCCGCUCUUGAGCGCUCAUCCGCUGACAUGUUGAUGGUUUUGCUUGCAGUGAGAAGCAGUACAGUUUACACACACACACACACACACACACCCAUGUGCCGCUGUGUUUGGGGCCAUGCAGAGCAGCAUGGGAAAUAACCAUCGGCAAAAAGCCUCGUUGGCAGGUAAUCAACUCCCAUUUGUGGCUCCAAGCCUGAGUGAGGAACACCGGAUGACAUUGCAUUUUUAUGGCCGAGAUCCCCACACAAGCCUUAAAACUAAACAUCUUCUGCCUUCAGCUAGCGAUUUGUUUUUCUCGUCGAGACCACAGCUGGUGUUUGCAUUUCAGUUUACUUUGAAAGACUCUUUGACUCCUCUCACAUCUUUCACACGAAGACCUCUGCAUCUCAGAUGAUACAGUUUUGUUGAUGGUAGUGCAGACAGACGAGGUUUAAGAUGGUUGGAUGUGCUGUUACCUUUUCAAAAAAUAAAGCUCUCAGUAGAAGCAGUCAUUAGAUAUUCAACACACUGAUUGCUUCUGAAUGUAUGGAACCGAAACAUCAGUGUGUUCCUGUCCAAAUAUUUUUGGAGCUCACUGCUCCCUUAAUGAACGUUACUUUUUUUUUUAACUCACUUGUAACCUAAAGGUGAUGCUACAACAGCAAAUAUCGGUUGCAGACUUUACAAACAAAGUGUAAACAUUUUUGUAAGAGGCUGUAAAGGAGAACAGUUAAUGAAUAUUUUGUUGAAACGGAGCGAGCACAGCCAAAUGUAGUGACUAGCUGAAACGUUUGAGUUUGGUUUAGCGGGGUUAAGUGCUGACAUGCUCAGCUCAGACGGUGUUGGCAGUUCCUUGGACUCGGUCUGAAUGUUUUUGUUCUGUUGAAAAGGGAAAAUGUAAGAACCUGUCAUAACAUUCCAAAUAAGACGGCUGACCAAAGUGCUGCCGGUCUGCUCGCGCUUCCCCGAGGAGACAAAAGUGCACUUGUAGUUUAGUUCUGUCAUGAGCGUCGGGGGCUGUCACCACAAAACGUCUCGUGUUGUCAUAUGUGUUUGUGGAUUUGUGCUUUUUGAAUUAGUACGCAGGUCGGUUCUGUUGUAUCGUGAAAAUUACAGCCUGCAAACAACCUGCAAAAAUAAAUGAAUAAAUUUCUUCACUGUGCCUACAAGUUGAA